AUGGAGCCUGAUAAGUGGAAGGAACCUGGCUGGAAGAUCGAGCAGAACUACAGCAGCAAAGUGCUGGUGGGAAACUGGGCCGAAGAGAGGCUUCAGUUCACCAGAGAGUGUAAGACAGCCACCAGCACGCAUCGCCAUGACUACCAUCCCCAGAGGGACCACCAACCUGACGUUUUCGUGAGGAGAGAGGCCCUGCGCAAAGCUGAGGGCCUGCCCACUAGGCUCCUCCUGGAUCACCACGGCACGCCUCGCUCUCACUACCUGGUCUCUCUGUAUGACGAGACGUUCAGCCGAAAGAGCAGCUCAGCCCCGCCCACUCUGCGCUGCUGGAACUCAGACAAGCUGGCCUGGGUCCCGGAGAGGUCUGACCACCCUGCUGCAGCUCCUCCGACUAACUUCGGCCUGGCGGAGUCUCGGCUGGUGCGGCUGAUGCUGCCGGGCUCGGCCGUCGGUGCGGUCAGCGUGUACCGGUCGGCGUUUCCAUGGCACCCGGCUGCCGCCCUCCGCCAGCCCCGCUGUGCCAGUGUCCCGCGGGCACUCUCCAGCCACCUGCACCCUGCCAACAGCACCAACAAGGACCUGCGGCUGAAGGACAGACCCUACCUGCAGGUCCCCGACCACCCCGCCCGCCUCCUCCCACCCCUCUCUGUGGGGUGGACCCCCAGGGCGACCGCGAGGACUCCGCCCGGACCGCCCGGCAGCAGUGAGGCCACAGCAGGAAUCACGCCAGCCUGA